AUGGAGUCUGUACGCCAGUCGUGUCGCCCGCGGCACCAGGUCUUGACCCUGAAAUGUUACCCUAAAUACCAGAAGGGGGUGGCCGAAGUGAAGCCAAACCCGAGCGAACUGUCCUAUUUGUUGUACUAUGCUAGUACACGCCGCAGCAAAUUGACAAAGGUGGGCGCUUUUCUGGAGAAACGGGUCGCCAAAGAUGUUUGGAGGCGUCGACUGGGAAAUGUCCAGGUCGCGCUUCAUAUCCUGACGGCGCUCAUCGAAAAAGUUCCCCGCGAGUUGCCCAUCUACGCCUGCUAUGUGUUAUCGAUCAUCGAGAACGUGCAACAGUCUCACGACAUUUCCAUGGUGGAGGAUUCGAUUGCGACGUUUAAUACGUUUUGCCGUCAUCAAGACCCAGCCGUCAUUUCAGCAGACCAAGGGCUCGCCAACAAGUAUCGGCAGGUGAUUGAAACAUAUGCCGGAUUUGCGAAUCCGCACUCCCCGGAUUAUUCAGUGCCCAAAUUGGGUCAUCCACUUUCAUUACGGUGGCGCAACGCUGGACUGCGCGCCAUCAGGAGUAUUGUGAGUUCAGAGAGCCUAGCCGCAGAUGGAGGGUCAAUUCUUCGCGUUAUUCUGCCUGUCAUUCUCGAGAACCUCUAUUCCUCGGAAGAAAAUGUGCUAGGAACAUUGAAAGCCAGGCUUGCAGAGGCCGACCAGGACACUCGCGAUACGGGCUUGAAUCGCCGGGUCAGCAUUGCGACAGUGAAUACAGUUGACGCGGCGGAAAGAGACCCUGCGCUGGCCGCACAGUCGACCGCUGACGCCGAUAGACGUGCGGAAAUGGACUCGAGGCUGCUGGCGCUGCGUUGUUUGGAGCAAAUUAUCGUCUCGGGUAGUAGUCGUGGUCAGAUUCGCAUAGCGGCCACGGAGAUCCUUCGGUUCAUUUCCAAAAAGCGCUUCGCGCAGACCCCCAGCUCCAAGACAUCGAACGAGGUUGGCCACGGAUCGGGCAAUUGGGCGACGAGCCUCAUUGAGUUAGUUGCGACCUGGUGCCCGGUUCAGGUCCGAUUCGUCAUCCUCAUGAUGGCGAUGGAUCUCUUGGAUGAUACGCCGCCAAGGGAAGAUACCUUGGAGUCGUCGUUCACCAUUCUCUCCGUCGUCAAUUGGCUUCUGAAAUCCCCAGUCAAUAUGAUCGGUCUGAGUGUCAUGGAUAUUCUCCUCGGACUGAUGCGAUAUAUGUCUGACUUGCUGUCUCCUGUCAACGGGGUCGAGGGUGAGAUUCAGAAGAGCAUGAGCUUGACGAACGAUACCGCGCAACCCAUCUCGCAAAACAGAAAAGCCAUGCUUACUCUGGUGGAGCAGUGCAUCGGCAAUCUUGCAACGCAUAACUACUACGGCGACCAAGUUGCAGACAUGAUGCGUACCAUCCUCCGUCAUGUCAAGUCUGCCUCUGGCUACGAAACCACCAUUCAGCCUUCCCUAGCCACCGUCCAUGAGACUGGGGGUGUUUCAGGGGUAGGCUCGACAAAUCCAGAGACAGACCAGCCGAACGGAGAGAAGAUGUAUGGUGAGAUCUUUGCUCAUCCGGUUGCGAAGGUGACUGCGCUUCGAGCCGUCAAAUCCGUUCUUGUCGUGGCCAACCUCCGAACACCAACCUCCAUGAAGGGCUCAGAGGCCAGAAAUCAAGUGGGACUUCAUGUCUGGGAAGGGACUCAUGGUCUGCUUCGAGACGGCGAUGCAGAAGUUCGCCAUGCAUACGCUGACGCAUUCCUAUCCUGGCUCCAGCUGGAAACCACCAAGCAAGAUCUCAAGGUUCGCAUGGAUCUCCCUAGGUUGCAAAAACCAGUACCACGUCGAGAUGCCGAACUUUCGGACAAAUCACCGAACCGACGAACUGCAUCCGCGAAUCACAGAGAAAGCGCAAUUGUUAUUGCACAGUGUAAUUUCCUACGUCUGUUACACCUGGCUAUCUAUGACGCCGCUCUUGACAAUUCAGCCACGGGAUCGGAAGUGCUUGUUUUGUAUCUUCUGCUGGUCAGCCUUGUGGAGAAUCUUGGCGUGAACGCAGCCCAGUUUGGGCUACCCAUGGUCCUGAGAUUGCAAGAAGACUUGUCUACUUCUGUAGAGUUGGGAUCCCCUGCAGCGCGUGUCAACGUCGGAAGUUUGGUCCACGGCUACCUGCUCGCUGUAGCGGAGAAGUUCAAUCUCGAAGCCACAUCCGCUGGCGAUAAGGUUCGCUCAGAGAUUGAAAGCCGCAAGAACAAGGGCCAUUGGUUCUCCAGGAUCAAGCUUCCACCCACUGGCCUCGAUAGUAUCACUAUGGAUGAAAAGGUCAUGGCAGAUGGUUUCUCGGACUCUUUCACCCCCACGCCGUUCAGGGACGUUGACGGGCUAGUCAAGGGCAUUGAAGAGGCUUAUUCCCAGUUGGUUGCAUCUGCUCCGCAAAGUCCCCAAACAUCGGCAAGCCAAGGAUUCGAAUUCCCGGUUUUGACCCACAGUUUCGGCUCACAGCCAUCGAAGCAAGAGAAGGGACUCCCAUCUCCUGUAAAAGAGCAUUUGCUGUCACCUUGGUCUCGCGAUGCGUGCCUUGCCGCCGUGGAGAAAGAUAGUGCCGGGACUGCGUCCCUCACCGGGUCCCGCGGUGGCACUAUGACCCGCAACAGUCACUUGAACGGAAACGCGAAUGGCUCCCCCGGUGGCUCGGCCCUGGGACUCAAUCAUCCCUUGAGUGUCCCUGAUAUCUCUUACAGUCCAGAGACUAGCUCAGGCAGAGCGUCGCCGGUCCGCGUCACUGAUCUGCGGCGGGUAUUAUCUGUUAAUACGGAAGCUAAUAUUCGUCGACGCAGUCCGCUGCGCGGCCAAAUCGGUGCAUCUAAUGCGAGCGUACUGUCCUCGGGGAGUGAAAGUAUGGUGAGCGGCGCCUAUUCUGGUUCGGAGGCGGAUCAAGAUGCCGUCUCCGCAAUGGACCAUGAGACUCAACGCCCGUCUGAGAAUGGUGGAACUGAGACACCACGGGCAUUUAUGUCUACCGUCAUCCCACCAGAAGAUGAACCGCCCACCGAGCAAGAUCAAGAUUCCGAGAAUAACACCCCUCUUCCCACUCCGAGUGCUUUGCCAAUUCCUGGAGGGUUCCCGAACGAUUCUCAGCGGUCUUUGACAUUUACCGAUCGCCCAUCUACCGCCCCUUACGAUUCUCAACAAUCAUCAAAAACCGCUCCAAAAUCAGACUCCUUCCGAAACGGUCGAGCUUCAAAGACCCUUGAUCGUAACAAGAGUCGAUCAAGUCACAACAUUGCGCUUGGAUACUCUGAUGGCUAUCGAGACGCGGCACUCAACGGCCCCGAGCCUCCUCUUGACUUCGCUCGACGCGACGAGUUGAAGAAACUACUCGACGGUUUCCUUUCAACCGGUAAUACAUCGCUUGCCAAUGGUGAUCGUCCAUCUGCCGCGGUAUCAUCUUCCCAAGCAGAUACAUCUAACAGUUACUCGAGCCGCCGGCAAGUUAGUGGGGGUGGCCUCGGACGACCUCCAUAUUGA